CUAAUGUAAUGUUAUGUAAUUGAACGGUAUUGAAUAGACGUGCGCCUAAAAAAUUGUGUAAAAAAAUGAGGAAUUUACGUCAAAUAAAUUCUCUUUUCAGAGCGCGUUCUUUUCAUAUUAAAAAUAAUGUUACAGUGAGAUAUUUAUCUCACUAUCCUGUUGAUGACAACAUCAGUGGUCUUAAUGCGGAGCAGAGACAGAUGCGUGAAAGUAUUUUCCAGUUUGCACAAAAAGAGCUUGCACCUUUUGCACAAGACAUUGAUAAAAACAAUAUUUUCCCUCAGAUUAAGGAAUUUUAUAAAAAAUUAGGAGGACUUGGACUUUUAGGGCUAACUGUUCCUGCAAAAGAUGGAGGCUCUGAAGUUGGUUUCUUAGAACAUUGCAUUGCUAUGGAGGAACUAUCUCGUGCUUCUGCCAGUAUUGCACUGAGCUAUGGAGCCCACUCUAAUUUAUGUGUAAACCAGCUGGCUAGGCACGGAAAUGAAAAGCAAAAAGAGAAAUAUUUGCCAAAAUUAUUAAGUGGAGAGCACAUUGGUGCAUUGGCUAUGAGUGAAUCUGGUGCAGGAUCAGAUGUAGUAUCCAUGAAAUUAAAAGCUGAAAAGAAAGGUGAUUAUUAUGUUUUAAAUGGUACCAAGUUUUGGAUUACUAACUCAACAGUUGCUGAUGUGCUUUUGGUCUAUGCAAAAACAAAUCCUAGUGCGGAAAAGGCCCAGCAUGGCAUCAGUACAUUUAUUGUUGAAAAGGGAAUGCCUGGUUUUAGUGUUGGCAAAGCUCUUGACAAAUUAGGUAUGAGAGGAUCUCCAACUGCAGAAUUAAUAUUUGAAGAUUGCAAAGUUCCUGCGGAAAAUUUAGUUUCAAAGGAAAAUAAAGGAGUAUAUGUAUUGAUGAGUGGAUUGGACUAUGAGAGACUAGUUUUAGCUGCUGGCCCUGUUGGCAUAAUGCAAGCUUGUUGCGAUGUUACUUUUGAUUAUGUUCAUCAACGCAAACAAUUUGGACAAAGAAUUGGAGAAUUUCAGCUGAUUCAAGGAAAGUUAGCCGAUAUGUACACAACAAUGAAUGCCUGCAGGUCUUAUUUGUACAAUACUGCUAGAUCUGUGGAUAGUGGACAUGUCAGCUCAAAGGAUUGUGCUGGAGUGAUCUUGUAUUGUGCAGAGAAAGCUACUCAAAUGGCUCUAGAUGCAAUUCAAUGUUUAGGUGGGAAUGGAUACAUAAAUGAUUAUCCAGCUGGGCGCUUACUACGUGAUGCAAAAUUAUAUGAAAUUGGAGCUGGAACAAGUGAAAUUCGAAGAUUAAUUAUUGGACGAAGUUUGAACAAGGAAUAUGAAUGAUUUUUAAAGAUCUGCUUUGUGAUACUGUUUGUUAAAGUUAUAUAAUAAUCUACAGGGUUCCCAUGGGUCUGAAGUCCUUAUAAACUCUAAUUUUUAUUUAAAAGUUUUUUACAUUUAUUAAGAAUAAAUUUUAAUUACUUAAUUUCUGCUUUUGCUAGCUUAUUCUGGCAAUUUUAUUGAAAUGUAUGCAUACAGAUAUACAGGCUGUAAAGAUUGAUAAUAUUAAUAAUCAUAAAUAACAAAAGGGAGAUAUAUUUGCCUCUUCUCUUAACAUUACUUUCAGAUUUUUAUUUUUGGAUCUUUUUUUCUCUUGACAAAGCUUUCGUUCAUUCUUUCAUUAAUUUUCUUCUCACUUUUAUGAAAAAGUAAGGUAAAAAUACAAGCAAAUAUGCUAUUAAGGUUUAGUCCUAAAAUUCUUUAAAAUGUUUUAUUUUUUAAACUGUUCAAACUUUUCUAAUAAUUGUUGAAGUUGAAAAAUAAAAUAUGGAAAUAAGGUUCCUUCCUGUCUACAAAUUGGAUUAUUAAAAGGUAUUUGAAUUACAGACAUACAGACAAAUUUCCCCGAUCUCGUUACCCUGCUAUAAUAAAAAACAGGAACUGCUGUAAAAUGUUGGUCAUUAAAAGUGACCCCAAGAGGUUUGACUGAUUAUCAAACAGAUGAUUUUAGGUACGAAAUAUCAUGCAUGAUCUCUAAUUUUGAAUCCCUGAAUUAUAUAUUAUGUAUUACUGGGAAAAUUGGUUUAAAGACCUUAACUUAUGAAGCUAGUUAUUAAUUUUUUCGCUUUUUGCUGUAUUUUGCUUAUUCUUUCUUUACAUUUCAUUGAUAAAUUUUUAAACAUCUUAACUAAUCACAAUACUUCAUUUUAUUACAAAUUAUUAUUUUUCCAGCCUUUUUUUAAAAUCCUUAAAUAUCUUUAAAGUUUUUAACUUCAGUUUUUGAGAAAAGAGUGGGAACCCUGCGUCGAAAAUAAGUAUAUAUUUGUUUGUUAUGUAUUACUCGUAUUUGUAAAAUUAUUUUUGCAAUAAAUAGUCAAUGAAUGAUGCA